CACCCUUUCCUUUUGUUAUUUGUUUUUAGAUUUAUAAAACUAAUUUAGUUUUUUUUCAUUUAUCGUGGUUGUGUUUUUGUUUAAUCAGUAUAUUUUGCUAGACAAAAAGAACGGUAACAGAAGAUUUAUUAAUUAAUCACUCGUUAAUAUGAUUAAAUCUUUCUACACAUUCGCUUUUUGCUUAAUUUUUUUGGCCAGCAUUUCUAUAGCUAAACCAAUUCCUUCUUUAAAACUUCUUUCAAAGAGAUCCACUUUCAAUUAUUAUGACAACAAAAUUCAAGGUGUCAACUUGGGUGGUUGGCUUCUUUUAGAACCUUAUAUAACACCAUCUCUAUUUGAAGGCUUCGGUGAUGAUAUCCCUGUUGACGAAUACAAUUACUGCAAGUAUUUAGGCAAAGAAGAAGCCUUGAAGAGACUUCAAGAACAUUGGUCUACUUUUUUCACUGAAUCCGAUUUUGCUGAUAUUGCCGAGUAUGGUCUCAAUGCUGUUAGAAUCCCCAUUGGUUAUUGGGCUUUUGAAGGGGUCGAUGGUGAUCCAUAUGUUCAAGGACAAGUUGAAUACUUGGACAAGGCAAUUGAAUGGGCUGCAAAAUACAAUUUAAAAGUCUGGGUCGACUUGCAUGGUGCUCCAGGCUCUCAAAAUGCGUUUGACAAUUCAGGAUUAAGAGACAGCUUGCUCUGGCUAACUGGCGAUAAUGUCCCUAUCACCUUGAAGGCUCUUUAUCAUCUUGUUGAAAGAUACGGUGGAAACGAUAAAAUAGACACCAUCAUCGGUAUUGAGUUGCUCAAUGAACCUUUAGGUCCCCAGUUGGACAUGGCAAGAAUCAAACAAUUCUACACUGAUGGUUACAACAUCCUCAGAAACGAUUUUAGCUCCCACCAAAAUGUUGUUAUUCUGGACGCCUUUAUGGCCAGCGGUUACUACAACGACUUCAUGAAUCUUGAUGAUUACUACAAUGUUGUUCUCGACCGUCACUACUACCAGGUCUUCUCUCCUGGCGAAUUGUCCCGAACCAUCGACCAACAUAUUCUCACUGCCUGUGCCCUUGGUUUUGCCAGCCAGCCCGAGUACCACUGGGUUGUCAUUGGUGAAUGGUCUGGUGCCCUCACAGACUGUUCCUAUUGGUUGAAUGGUGUCAACACUGGCUCUAGAUACGAGGGUGUUUUCAAAUCCAGCCAAUAUUUUGGCUCCUGCGACGGUAUCAGUGACAUUAGCACCUGGUCUGACCAGAAGAAGGUGGACACCAGAAAAUACAUUGAGGCUCAAUUGGAUGCCUGGGAAAUGAACCAAGGUUGGUUUUUCUGGACAUACAAGACUGAGUCCUCUCUCGAGUGGGAUUUCAAGAGAUUGUCUGCCAAUGGCUUGUUUCCAUCGCCCCUCUCUGACCGUCAAUACCCUGGUCAAUGUUAUUAGUUUUGCUGGCAGUGCCUCUCACCGAGCUCUUUUUCGACUCAAUUAUUGUUUACGUUCUCUCUUUCAUCACUUUCAUCACUUUCAUCACUUUCAUCACUUUCAUCACUUUCAUCACUUUCAUCACUUUCAUCACUUUCUAACUUUCUAACUUUCUCUUUUCUUUUUCUUUCGACAUUUUUGUGAAAUGGCUUGCAUUGAGCUGUAAUAUAUGACCCCAUAUCUUUCUAUAAAUACAUGUUAAAUUUCAGAUUACAUCGCGCAGUCCCGAAUUUCAUGCUGUGCGAGGUGUGGCCGGAAAACACAAUCCGAACUCGGACGUUCGUGAAGCCAUUAUGGUACGUUGCCCCAAACCAUACACAAGACUUAACCACUUAUGAAACGAAAAUUGUGUUUCAGCAAAAAACAUUUAACUCACAAAUACCUCGAUGAAGAUUGCGAUUCAAAC